UUUUUUUUUAAUUUAGGAGUGCCUACGUGCACAUUUUUAUUAAUAAAAAUGCGUUUGAAAUGGCCGAGCUCUCUUCGCAUGGAUCACGAAAUUUUAAUUGGCGCUGGUUAUUCUGCUCAACGUUUAAAAAUGUAUCCGUACUUUGACGCUGCCCAUUAUAUUUUGAUGGUUUUGGCUGUCCGCGAUGAUCUCGGCCCCAAUUGCACAGCAUUUUCGCGUCGUCAUCCUCUCAGUUGUUGGCUUUCUUCAAUGGUUGUUUGUUUUGCUGGAUCAUUUUUAGCCAAUUUUUUGUUGGGAGAGCCAGUCAUUGCUGCAACUUUAAUUUGGUAUUUGGUCUUUUAUUCACCUUUUGACCUUGUAUACAAACUUGCUAAAUUUAUGCCUAUAAAAAUUAUUUUGAGUAUAAUGAAGGAAUGUCAACGUGUUUAUAAGAUAAAUCAUGGUGUCCUCUAUGCAAUAAAACUCUAUCCAAAUGCUCAUUUAAUACAUAUUCUUAUUGGAACGGCAAAGGGAGCAGGCUCUGGAAUUAUUCGAAUAUUUGAACAAUUAAUUCGAGGAGUUUGGGCCCCAACACACAGUGAAAUACUUCGACCAACCUUCACUACAAAGGCUUGUGUAAUUGCUUCUGUUCUGUUGACAUUUGAGAAGAGUGGAAUUUUUAUUAGUUUGCCACAUGAAAUAAGUUACUUGGGUCUUUUACUUUUCUUUGUCUAUUUCAAACUUAGCGCUCUUCUGUUAAAUGUGGCUGAUCCUUUACUGCCUUUUGAAAAUUUAUUUUGUGCAGUUUUUAUGGGUGGAAUUUGGGAUGCUUUGACUAGAGCUGUAGUAGCUUCCCAAGAAAGGAGAAAUGUUGGGGGAGUAAAUAAAUUGGAAUCUAAUGGAACUUCUACAACAACAACAACAGCAAUACCUAAUGCAACAACUACAACACAGCCAGCCUCGCCGCAAGUUGAAAAUAAUAUUAAAAAAGAUCAGUAG